UGAGAGCAGAAGAAGACGCGGGAACAAACUACAGAGAAUGCCGUCCAAACAGAAGACCCUGCUGUUCCUCUCUGGCUUUGUUUUAAGCAUCGGGUCCUUUGCCAUCAUCUGCACUUGUCUCGCCACCCAAGAAUGGGUUUCCAGUAAAGUCCAGUUCACGGGUACAAAUUAUAGCGGAGUCGCAGAAAUAAACCUCGGAUUGUUCCGGACCACUCAUGCUAAGACUAUCACUGAGGGCGUUGGGCUCAACACCCCAAAAACAGUCCAUGACGUUUUUCAGAUAUUGAAAGACACGAACAGCGUUGAAGUCAUCCAUAUCCUAAUUAUAUUAUUGCUGGUUCUCGGACUGAUAUCCUCUUUCCUGGGCUCGGCCACUACAGGCUUGAACACUGUCAGCAAUCCCUAUCUAACUUUCCUAGGACCGCUCGGAGUGUAUGUUUGGACUGCAAUAAAUGGGAUCCUCGUCCUCCUCGCCAUGAUUCUGUUUGCCAUAAAUAUAGAAGCCAACAAACUGCCCAAGGAAAUCACGCUAGCCCUGUACUCAUCGGAGGAUGUUUUCGGAUCUGCCCAGAACGCUUACGGUUAUUCCUUCUGGCUCCUGCUGCUUAGUCUGGUCCUCGAUGUCGGCACCGUAGCCGUUAUUUUAUAUUACCAGCAUGCGAGAUACAGCCAACAGAUCGAGAAAGAAAGACCCAUGGAGACAGCGAGCCGGGACGUCAUCUUAUUCUGAAGGCGAGGCCCGGACUCCUCACCGAGGGAGAGACUUAUUAUUUAAUUACGCGUGUUAACCGAACGCUCAUCGUAAACCAGCGGGGACUUCUGGGGACGAUCGCGUUGACAAAUAUAAAUGCUGCGCCUCCGAUAGUGUCAUACUCCAGUAUUCCAUAAUUAUCGGACGUUGACGAGAUGCGCUAGCGAAUAGAUGGAUGUUCUUCGGACGACGUUCCAUAACUGUAGGGGCCCGUUUAUAUUAAACAAUUAUUCUCUUUG